CGAAGAUGACUUGAUGUACCUAUCAAAUUGUUCCGAUUCUACCAAAAUGCGUCGUAGGAGGCAGGUGAAUAGUGUCGAAUGCACAAGUACGCAGUACGUAGCCCAACAAAGCCUUUUCUCUUGACAAAUAUGUAUGAAAAGUCAAAAUAGAUAAACCCUUGUCCUGGGAGGCCCAAAACCCUUUGCCGCAAUGGCAAGGACUGGCCAAACUAUAAAAGGCCCGCGAGCGGUGGAAAACCGAAGACUUAAUGGGAGGCUAGCAUGCUAAUGUAGCAUCGACGGCUCGCAGACUGCCCAGAGAAAGCGAAACCAAAGCGCCAGGAAUCGAAUUGUUGCUCCAGCCGCCGGACAAGGAGCGUGAUUCACAGAAGCCAAGCUAAACCGAUCGAAUACCACUAUACCCCAGGUGCACUCAGAAUGUCGCCGUUCAUGGAAAAGACGAUGUUGCUGCUGGGCGUGCUCUGCUGCAUACAAGUGACUACUGCCCUGAUGUGCUAUGACUGCAACAGCGAGUUCGAUCCCCGAUGCGGCGAUCCCUUCGAGCCGUACUCCAUUGGAGAGGUGAACUGCAGCAAACAAGAGCCUCUGGAGCACCUCAAGGACAAGUACAAGCCCACCCUGUGCCGCAAAACCGUUCAGAAGAUUUACGGGAAGACCCGGAUCGUAAGAGGCUGCGGAUACAUCCCAGAUGAACACACUGACACCAAGUGCGUGAGGCGCUCGGGAACCCACGACGUGGCUGCCAUCUACUGCUCCUGCACCAAGGAUCUGUGCAACGGAGCCAACUCACCUCUCGCCAAGUGGAUGAUGCUGCCCCUUGUCUUCGUCGCCGGACUUACACUCCUGCUGAACUCAAGGCACACAAUACGAUUCCAGAGCUCGUAAAUUGAGCUCGAACUACCACUUCACUGAGUUCACUGUACUUAUCGUUUUUGACCUUGUUUUAGGUGGUUUUCGUUUCAAAUCCGCAAUCGAUGCUCAUUAGUUGCAUAAUUUACUUUAAUGUUCAAUUUAAUUUGGUCGUAAGCGUAAAAGUAAUAAUAACAUGGAAAUUUGAUUAACCUUUUUCAUGGGUUCACACACACACUAUAGAACAGGAUAUAAACAAGAAGGUGAUCGAACUUUUUGGGGCAGUAACAAAUAAAAAAUGUUUAAGCUUUUGUUAAUUUAACAAUACAAAAAACUGCCAGUAAAUGUCUCCGCCUAGAAAAGAAAAAAGUUUGCCCCAAAAAAACUAAAUAAACAGUACAGAUCACUGGUUUGUUCAUUGCAUAAGUCACAACCGAAAAUGAUGUUUGUCAUGAUGCAGAAACACCUUUGAUUCUGAGGCAGAUUUACCACCCGUGCAUUAAAUCGGAAAAAAUAGCUGCAUCCCUGUUCCAUGCUUGUUGACUUUGGGUAACAGCCUUAGUACAACCCGAAAACUUUCAACAUUUUCAUUUUUUCGUUGUUUGUGGUUGCACUUUACCCAUAUUUUUGCCUAAUACGUUUACAAUGGAGGUAAAUCCUGAGAGACAAGCCCCACGAAGCAGUGCCCCACGAAGCAGUGCCCCUGCAACAAUUCGGUUUUGUGGUGUAGAAUGCCGAAAUUCUAUUCUUUUGAAGCGCUUUUACCGCAUUUGAUUUUUUUUAAAUUAUGUGUAUUUAGGAGCUUAACAUGUACUAAACGAGCCAUUACUCUUGUUUUCUUUCCAAACUUGUUUCCCAGUUAUUAUGUAACUCAAAACAAUAAAUGGGGUAGGGCAAACCUUAAAGGCAAACCCAUUAUGAAGCCUAUUAGUGCAAAUUCUAAGGAUUAACAUCUAUCUUUACGGCAAAGAAUUUGCAAUGAUGUGUAUUCAUAACUCAUUUGAAACCAGGAAAUUGAUCAAGAAGAUUUAAAUUAGAAAAACUUAUUAAAAUUUAUACGAAGUAAAUAAAUUAAGAUAAGACUAUUUGCAAAACAAACGAGAAUCCGUAAAUUAAUACCUCCAGAAGGAGUAUACAAUUUGUCCAUUAUAAGCUUCAUACGAAUUAAACCAAUACAUACUUUUCAGCUAUGAUCCCGAUUAUAUUUUCACAUGCGUUCGACUUCCGUCAGGCGGUAGUGAAAACGAAAACAUGGCUGAUAUACAUGAAUCUUCCUAAUACUUUAGACGGAAAGUGCGUACACAUUUUGAUUUGUGCCCCAAAACAACGCUAACACAAACCAAGGUACAGUCAACACAGAGCAUGGCAGGAUAAUAAAAAGAGAAACACUAGCCAACAUAUAAAACAGUUACAAACACAUCAUUUUGUGUAGAAAAAGACAUAUAUAUGAAGAAUUGCAUAAACUAUAUAAAAUUGUUUAUUUAAGAAUUAUAUGGAAAGAUAAUGAGAUAACAACAGAGAAAAGCGAGAGCAUAUGUAGAUAAACCUAACUAAUUUUAAUUUAUAAAAUGAAUAACAAACACUAGCCGUUGUACCGUAAUAGAAAAAAAAAACAAAAAAUAUUACAAUGAAAAACGACAAUUUGAGAUCAAUAAUCUGUAACUAGUCAGAGUACUUAAGAUACCAUAACUAAAUAAUUAUUUAAAUUUUGUGUUCAUCGAAAUUAAAUUUUCAAGAAAGUAUCGCAAAAAUAUUGCAAAUCAAGCACAUCCAAAAAUACUGAAAUAACACAAGAUCACGCCAACCUUUAUAAACUGCAAAUGUUUGAAAAUAAUAAAGAAAGAGUUAAAACACAUUUUAGCGUGGAUCAUAUCAUUGAGCUUUGCUUCACAAGUGACGGGAAGACAUUCUAAAUAUAAACUAAACUAAAAGAAAAUGCAAACACAACGUACAUACAUACUUAUACUUCAAAUUAUUUAAUGCAACUGAAAUAUAAAAAUGAGAAGAUUAAUAAUGACAAGAUUUCAAACAAGUUACUGAAACUUAAAAAAUGUAUGGAUAAGCAAAAAGGGAAGAAAUCUAUAAAAAAAAUACACACACCAAAAAGCUUUUGUCUGCGCUGGCUGAGUCGAAUAUUCUAUAACCUACCUAUAAUACCUAAAUAUAUAUCAAUAUAAUUUUCCUUCGUUUUUAUAUCACAGCAACACGUGUAGCAACAGAAUGGGAAAAUUAUUUAUUAUGCAAGAAAAUGACAAAAGAAAAACACAGCAGAGAUAAUAGAAUAAAUUUCAUGAGCAGAAAAUAAUGAUAAAAACAGAAAAGUGAAUAAAGUGAACUUGUUAAUUUUUAGCAUUUAAGUCUGUAAAGCUCCGCUUGUAGAUGAAAAAUCAAUAAAUAAACUAAAUAAAAAGGUAAAUUCAAUAAAUGGAGACAAAAAG